CAUUUUCCAGCAUCGCCGAGCCGAAUCAAGCAGUGGCCUCCUGGAAGUUUCUGGAAAUCGCUAAACGCCACAUUCGCACCCAUCUUCCGAAUCUUCCUUUCUUCGUUUUAAUAAUUUGAUCGCCCAGCCCACUCCUUCCGACACAAGUAGCGCAAUUAAAUCAAAUCAUCUCCGCACGAAGCACGUUACUGAUCGGUUGUUUCUCUCGCGCAUUGUACCGAACACUUUGCGGAAAUGGCAGAAGACGGUGCCGUCACGGUCUACAGCGGCAGCGCUAUCACCGAUGCGAAGAAGAAUCCUUUCUCUAUCAAAGUGGGAAUUGCUCAAAUGCUCCGCGGCGGAGCCAUUGUUGAGGUCACCACUGUCGACCAAGCCAAGAUCGCCGAAUCAGCCGGAGCUUGCUGCGUGAUCGUCUCCGAACCCGACUCUCGCGGAAUUUCCCGGAUGCCCGAUCCGGCUCUCAUCAAGGAAAUCAAACGGGCCGUCUCUAUUCCAGUAAUGGCUAAAUCUCGGGUCGGGCAUUUUGUGGAGGCCCAGAUCCUCGAAACUGUCGGAGUAGACUACAUCGAUGAAAGUGAGCUUUUAGCUAUUGCCGACGAAGAUCACUUCAUUAACAAGCAUAAUUUCCGAGUUCCGUUCGUUUGUGGUGCUCGAGAUCUCGGCGAGGCUUUGAGGAGAGUGAGAGAAGGGGCAGCCAUGAUUCGGACUCAAGGGGAUUUAACAGGUUCAGGAAACAUUGUGGAUACAGUCCGCAGCGUGAGGAAAGUGAUGGGGGACAUUAGAGUCCUCAACAACAUGGAUGAAGAUGAGGUUUUCGCCUUCUCUAAGAAGAUCGCCGCGCCUUAUGACAUUGUUGUUCAGACAAAGCAAAUGGCUAGGCUUCCAGUGGUCCAUUUUGCUUCCGGAGGGAUCGUUACGCCUGCUGAUGCUGCAAUUAUGAUGCAGCUGGGUUGUGAUGGCAUCUUCUUGGGUCCGGAGGUGUUCAAUUGCUCGGAUCCUUACAAGAAAGUUUGGGCAAUUGUGCAGGCUGUAAGAAACUAUAAUGAUCCACACGUUUUGGCCAAGGCCAGCAGUGGUUUAGAGGAUGCUAUGGCAGGCUUAAACUUAGUGAGAGCAGGGUCUGGCAAUUAAGUACUGGCAGUGCUUAUGAAAAGUUUGGAAAUUGAUGUUAUUAGCUUUCUGAGUAGAGUUUGUCUUCGUGCAAUCUUGCUUUGCUUUUGCAAUGGAAUAAUAUGAGUUUAUACCAUA